AUGUUCCUUGUUUUCAGUGCUUUUACGUCUAUCCUUUGCUUAGCUGUAGCUGGAGACCAGUUGUUCCAGGAGCCAAAGUCAUGGAUAAGCAUAGAGGGUGUUAGUGUCUCCUUCAGCUGCAGAGGCACUGAGCAGUGUGGUGGUUCUUAUGUCUACUGGUACCAGGAAAGAGCAGGGGAGCCUUUUGUUCUGAUUCUAGUUAUUCAUAACAGUAAUGGAAACAUUUAUUCACGUUUCGGUCAUCCUCAAAUAGAUGACUUCUCAGUCUUGAAAAGGGAGAACAACUAUGAGUUGGAGAUUAAGUCAGUUGAACGGUCCCACUCUGCCACCUACUACUGUGCCUGCUGGAGGAGUAGUAGCCAACUUAAAGGUAUGGGGCAUUUCACUGUGGACUACGUCUUUGGUCCUGGGACUAGACUUUACGUUACUGACAACAAUGUAAAAAAACCAAAAGUGACGGCCUAUCAAGCUCCCAAGAACCAAACAAAUAAGAGGACAACCCUGCUGUGUCAGGCCAGUGACAUGUUCCCAGACUUGGUGACAUUUUCAUGGAAGAUGGAGAGAGAAGACGGCUGGUUGGUGGAGGUGCCUGAAGCAGAGAGAGAAGAGCUGGAGCAGAGGGAGGACGGGAGAGUGACUAGUGUGAUCAUCAUCAAGAACGAAGAUGCUAAAUCAAAAAAGUACAGCUGUACUGUAAAGCAUGAAGUGGCUGUUGCUGACAUAACAAAAAAACUCUUGCAGUUCAUGUGCAGUGUGAACCUGGCCUCUCUGGUUUACACUGUGAUGAUAGUGAAGAGCUUGGUGUACUGCUGUGGGCUCUCCCUCCUGCUGCUCCUCAAGGACAACAAGGGAAGUCGACCACACACCCAGAGAAAUGUUCUCUAAACUCUACAGGUAGUUAAAAAUUGCAUUCCUACUACAGCAGAUUUGUCCAUAUCUUGCCUGUUGACAUUUGGCAUUGGAAGGAAGUGGGACAUACAGAAAUGGGUAGACAUGAAUAAUUGUGCACGUUGAGUAGUCUUCUGGCAUUAUUUUCCGUUGGACAAAAAUGAUGUCCACUCUGUCAAGUGGCAUCCGGCGGGGUCUGGAGAAAAUGAGAAUAUGUAGUGGGAACAAAGUGUUGGAGGUAUUAGGAAACAGUCUACAUCAUUUAAGUGGACUCAUUUGGUUCUUGUCUUAAAAUGUUAUACUUCUGUAUUUUUUAAGUAAUAUGAUUUAAAAAUAAAUGUUAUGGGCUAUUAUAUGUGGGACAGUCUCCCAGAGGCAAGUAGGGUGAAGUGCCUUGCCCAAGGACACAACGUCAUUUUGCAUGGCCGGGAAUUGAACCAACAACCUUCUGAUUAAUAGCCCGACUCCCUAACCGCUCAGCCACCUGACCUCCCUUUAUGUGAGGUUGUCUCGCUGUUGCCUCUCCAGGGCACCUGUUGUCACUUUCAUUUGGACCAAAACAGGUGACAUUGAUUCACAAUUGCUUAUGCUUCCUAACUGGACAGAUUGAUAUCCCUGAAGUUUAAAUGACGGUGUAAUAUUGUGGUGAUUACGUGGUCCAUAAUUUUUUUUAGAGCAGUGUAUUUAGCUUUAUGUGUUAGGAUUAAAUACUACUGUCAUAUGUGGUUGGUUUUGACAAUGGCUGUCAUGAGACCAUUAUACAUUUACAUUUAGUCAUUUAGCAGACGCUCUUAUCCAGAGCGACUUACAGUAAGUACAGGGACAUUCCCCCGAGGCAAGUAGGGUGAAGUGCCUUGCCCAAGGACACAACGUAAUUUGGCAGAGCCAGGGAUCAAACCAGCAACCUUCUGAUUACUAGCCCGACUCCCUCACCGCUCAGCCACCUGACGCCCUUACUUUUAUAUUAAAAUUGUGUCAUGAAUAUUUUCCUUGACCUCAAGUACAGUGGUAACAUUUUCACUUGUCAUAAAUAUGUCAUUAAGUGUUAUUACACUGUCAAAUGCUUUUAUAACUGUCAUGAUUUUUUUUUAACUUCAACUUCAGUGGUACAAUUUGGAAUUGGCAUAAAGAUGUAAUUAAGUGCUAUAACACUGUCUAAUGCUUGUAUAACAGUGUCAUGAAUAUUUUCCUUGACCUCAACUACAGUGGUAGCAUUGUCACUUGUCAUAAAGAUGUCAUUAAGUGUUAUUACACUGUCAAAUGCUUUUAUAACUGUGUCAUGAACAUAUUUUUUACCUGAACUACAGUGGUAACAUUUGG